UGGAAAAAAAAAAGUAAUCGGAAACGGAAAAUUAAAAAAAAAAAUCAAAAAUUAAAAAGACAGAAACUACAGAGAAAUCAAACCCCCAAAUAUGGAAUUCAGACAGAGUCGCAACUAGAUUUGUCAAUCUCUCUUCCCCUCUUUCUCCUGUAAAUCCAAUCGGAGUUACGAUCUUCCCCCUCGCAUCGUAACUCCUCAUCAGAAAACAAUCUACUUCCCGAUCUCGAUCUUGAUCCCGUUCUUCACGGUUUAACAAAAAGGGAAGGAGGAAUAGCAAGUUUUUGAUCUGUUGGGUUUUUUAAAAAGUUUAUAUCUUUGGAUGAAAGUGAAGCUUUGAGGAGGGGUUAUGGUAUCAGAGACUAUAUUGCGGAUCGUAGCACCAUGUUGGGGAAAACCUUCUGUGAAGGGAGAUCAUUCAACGAGAGGAGAUGUUAAUGGAAGGUGUGAUGGGCUUCUUUGGUAUAAAGACUCUGGUAACCAUGUUGCUGGAGAGUUUUCAAUGUCUGUGAUUCAAGCUAACAAUCUUCUUGAAGAUCAUAGCAAGCUUGAGUCAGGUCCCGUUAGUAUGUUUGAUUCGGGUCCUCAAGCUACUUUUGUUGGUGUUUAUGAUGGUCAUGGUGGUCCUGAAGCAGCUCGGUUUGUUAAUAAACACCUCUUCGAUAACAUCAGAAAGUUUACGUCGGAGAAUCAUGGAAUGUCUGCAUCCGUUAUAACGAAAGCAUUUUUAGCUACAGAGGAGGAGUUUCUUUCUCUUGUGCGGCGGCAAUGGCAGACAAAGCCUCAGAUUGCUUCUGUUGGAGCUUGUUGUCUGGUAGGGAUCAUAUGUAGUGGAUCUUUGUACAUUGCUAACGCGGGAGACUCUCGGGUUGUGCUAGGAAAACUGGAGAAAGCAUAUAAACUUGUCAAGGCUGUUCAGUUAUCUUCUGAGCACAACGCAAGUUAUGAAUCUGUGAGAGAGGAGUUGCGGUUGUUGCAUCCAGAUGAUCCUCAGAUUGUGGUCUUGAAACACAAAGUAUGGCGUGUCAAAGGUAUUAUACAGGUGUCACGGUCAAUAGGUGAUGCCUACUUAAAGAAAGCAGAGUUCAACAGGGAGCCGCUAUUGGCAAAGUUCAGAGUGUCUGAGACUUUCCAUACACCAAUCCUUUUAGCAGAGCCUGCAAUUACAGUACACAAAAUCCAUUCAGAGGAUAAGUUUCUCAUAUUUGCAUCAGACGGUUUAUGGGAGCACAUGACCAAUCAGGAAGCUGUUGACAUUGUGAACACUGGCCCGCGUAAUGGGAUUGCGAGGAAGCUGAUAAAAACAGCUCUAAGAGAAGCAGCAAAGAAGAGAGAGAUGAGAUAUUCAGAUCUUAAAAAGAUUGACAGAGGAGUGCGGAGACAUUUUCAUGAUGAUAUAACAGUCAUUGUUGUGUUUCUUGAUUCGCAUCUCGUUAGUAGAAGUAUCUUACGUCGACCUCUCAUCUCCAUCUCAGGCGGUGGUGACUUGGCUGGACCUUCUUCUACCCCUUGACUCACAUUUCACCACAAUCUAUAAUAUAUUAUUCUAUAUAUUCAACAUAUCCACUAUAUAUAAAACACAUUGCAGAAACACUUCAAGUUCCUUCUCUUUUUUUCUUUAUAUAUAACAAAAAAAAAACUU